UACGAUAUUCGGGAUAAUUCCGGAGUGACCUGCCUAUUGUUUGCAUUCGCCGUUCGCGCGUCGUUCAUUCCCUAUCUCUGUGGCGCAUGGAAGACAACAACAUGAAUGUAGUGAGCGGCGAAACCGGUGCUGUGAUUCAGGUAGUUCAGAUGAAUGAAAAUGUACACACCGUACAGGAGCAGCCGCUAGAAAAUGUCACCAUAAUACACAUUCAAGAACUCGAGAUAGUGACGCAAUCGGAAGAACAGCAAAAGGAGCAUCAACCGGUUCCGGUCAGUGCUGUACCACAGAGCCUGCCGGUGCUACCGGUGCCGAUUGCUGAUCAGCCACUGCUGACCAACCAGCAGGAGAUCCAGGAGGCCAUGAUACUCGAGGAGCACGUCCAACCAACACCAAAGCACUUGGAUGUAGCAGACUUGCUGGAACCACAGCAGCAACAGUUGCAAGAGAUGCAGCCAUCCGAUCCGCUUCCAACGCAGCAUUCCAAUCCGUCGAAAGGGCAGCAACAGUGCAUUAGACCGGGUUGCAACAAUCGAGCGAUCGAGAGUUGGGAGUGGCUCGAUGAGUACUGCAGUCAGAAGUGCGUUAUCGUACACUGUCGUACCAUUUUUGCCAAAUUCCAACAGGAUAACCUGUCACAAGACGUUCCUUCGGCGCAGUAACUCUAGGAGUCUUGUGAAAUGUGGAUACGUUAGAACACAGCUUUGAAGGGGAUUGGUACAUAAAUGAUUCCAAUGCAUUCUGAUUGUUUCUGCGGGAUCCGGUGGCAGUGCCCUGGAACAUUCCUUCGUUACACAAUCGACUUUGAAUACCGACGGGUACAGCCGUUUAGCUGUAUCUAUUUGACAUUUGUAAGGUUCCACACUGCAGUUUUGUUGGCCGUUAGAAUUCAAACAAGGACGAUGUCGUCCUGAUCAUUUUCCAUAUUUUCUUACGAUUUUUCUCCUCUUUGCGAAACUCACACGAACUGAAUAGAAUUAAACUGCACUUUCUUUCGCAUCAAUUGAACAAACUUGUUUUAUUAUAAAAUUUUAAAACACGA